AGUGAGUGCGACAUUCCCACGAAUCAGCCUCUUCUGCAAGCAAUUGGCACGAUCAGCCAGUCUCAGCUUGUCUUGUCUGGUGUCGUCAUGUUUCUUGUCUGUGAUGAGAUAGCCCAGGCAAGGCCAAACAAGCAAUGAACGGACCCCCCGCGACCCAGCUUUGCAGGGUCCCAGAACCUGGACGAGCUGACCUGUAGGCUCCACGGACUGUGGCUAUGCCAGCUCCGAGCUAUAUCGGUACCAAGCUAUCGGCAUCGAGAACCAAGUUGCGGUCUAACAAGAAGAGUCCAGAUCUUCAGGGCCCGGAUGAUCGACUCAGAUCAAAGCCGAGGAGCAACGGAAAUGAACUUUGGCCUGAAGCUUCGCGACGCUUGAGAGGAGGAAAAAUCGGCAUCAGAGGAUGAAAUUGCCUGAGUGACAUUCCCUCCCCUCAUUUGCCAAGACGGGGUCUAAGUCAAGAUCGCGCUCGGAAUCGGGCCUAGCAACCUUGUCUUGACUCCCCCACUCAAGUUCCAGAACAACUGCUCACUCUUGAUAGUGAGAGAACAGGUACUGUAGCAAUAGCAACCCCGCUUCACCAGGACCCUUGCCUUGGCAAUUGAUCCUUUGAUUGCCUAUCGUAGCUUGUUUCCUUGAUAUUGAUGAGUGCAUUCCCAGAUUUUCAUAUCUAUUAAGGUCGUAUUAUCUUACAAGAGCCGGUUAUAACUUGCAAUCUUUGUCCUCAAACAAGUUCACGAGUGUAUGAGUUGGUGGCAGGCCAACACGCCUCGCUGUUCGGUAUUCCUCAGACCACCACACCAACAAAAGAUAUCCAAGCUAAGUCAAACUUCAGGGCAUCCAGUUCGUGCCCUGUCCAAUACUCUGUCUCCCCACGUGUGGUGAUUGCCCGUUCUCAGCAAACUAUCGUCGCCCGGCGUGUCCGGCUUCUUCAACGGAGACACACCCAAUUCCUAGUAGAUCUCGAUCUGCUUCGAGCACAAACCGCCUAUUGAGGCUAGAUACUCAAGCACAAAUGACACAAUUGCAUCGAGGCUCACGGCAACAAGCCCAACACCUGUAACGCCCACAUGCGCCUGCGGGGUUUCCCACGACAGCCAGAUGAUCAGCCCAACGACCCGAAACCCCUUGAAAUGUUUCACAACGUCACCAUUCCAGGACAUAACUAUAGUUGCAAAUAGCUGCCGCUUGAGUUACUUUAUUACAUCCUUAAUGCAACGUGCAACAAGCUUGUCUUUGACUUUGCGGCAAGCAUACACUAUCUGACCCGGCAAGGUCAAGAAUUCAUCCAGAACAGUGCAUGCACACUAUGGCAACAUUGUGCCGAGGGAUGUCAUCUUCACAGAUGGCUAGAUCUGUCAGGCCCAGGAAGCGCGCCGCUCAUCAUGGCAGGUUCCGCGUUUACACCGAGAAUCAGUGUUCGACCUCCUCGAGUUCCCCACCAAGCUACCCCAAUAGCUGCUCGUUCCACGUCUAGCUCUCCACUAACGAGAAUCUGCAAGAACCGUUGCUUGACUGGUUCCCUUAGUACGGGAUCCUCAAUUUCAUUCAUGGCUUGAGCAGCAAUCGUGAACCAUUCUUCCACCAGAGGAAGAGGUAGAUAUGGGAGUGAAUCAACUAGAGCUAAAGCAAGUGAACUCUGCUGAGAAUGACGCUCCUCCUGAGUCUCUUCCAUCGCAGCUUGUGCGACGAUAUCUGCUGUUGGUGGCAGCAGACUCGUCGACGCCGUGGAAAUUGAAGCUCGAAGCAUCUCUAGAAGUGUCUCCGAUAGCUGCGGCUCCAGCUCUGCGAUGGGGAAGGGAGGUGAUACAAUCUGCAUCACAGUCUUGAAGGCCACUCUGAAUUGACGGGAUGAGAUAUGCUGCGGGAAUGAGUUGAACAGCAGAGCGAUAUAGAAAGGUGUAAGUUCGAUGGUGAGAGGGCUAUGUUGGGGGCAAGAUAUGGUUGAUAGAAUGGCGCUGUGUGCGGAUUCGAAGAUCUCAACCAUAUUUUGUGUCGUAGGUCCUUCAUGAGAAAUGUAUGCAAUCGCUGGUUUGAUUAUUAGAGCGUCGCAUGCAUCAGUUGGCAGACUAAGUGGUAAGUGUUCAGAUAGAUUAAGGUAGAACAGGUCCAAUGUUCUUUGCAGAUAUGUAGUGGAUGUCGAUGCAUCCUCGGAAGGUCGGAAUUCCUGGAGGAACCUGUGGCAAGCAGGGGCGCUCCGGGAGAUCGAGUCGAUCGAAGUGAGAUAUGUAAAGUUGUAGACCUGGAACGCGCUAUUGCCGUUCCUUGAGGAGAUGAAGAAGAUGUUGCGUAAUAUGCGAAGCGACUUUGACGCGAUGACAGGAGCAGCUAUGUCGUUCAACAUGCGCGGGUCAAGAAGACUUCGCGAGACAAUCGCCUGCAGAAUAGCAACCGUCCCAAACAUGAGCUUCCUCAGCAAGUUCCAUAGAACUGGCCAGGUGCUUGUAAUGGUCUCCUGAGUGAGCACAUUACCCUCAAGCGCUGGAUCUAUGUCGCUCAAACGAUUCAACCGCCACAUAUCCAACACCUGGCUGCUAAAGGCAAGAAGAGCGUCUUGCGCGGCAAUCACGGCCUGUGUGUCUGUGGCCUGUUGAACAGCGUACCCAGCAAGCUUCGCCAACGGCCCCAUGUUGGCUAGAGUAGGUCGCCUAUCCAGUUCUUGAAUGAAUCGAAACGAGGGCGUAUUUGGUGACCAUGCGAGGAGGUGAUUUGGUGAUUCGACAACCUCGGAGCUGACUGCCGCCAAGAACUGGCCGUGGCCGAAGCCCUCCUCAGCUGUCACCGUCCACACAAUAAGAGGCAACAGCGCAUUGCAGUUAAUGAGGCUUCGAUGGAAGUCAGACAGCAACGGAAAGGCAAAGUUAAGUGCCAUGACAACCGAUGCGCCUGCGACCGGACCAUCCUCGUCGCGACUCUCGAGUGCCAGAUUUGCCGCCAUCACUACCGCCUCUUCAAGAGUAUUCCUCAUGCCACGCGACAAAGAUUGCCGAUUGCUGGACUCCAUUCCCAUAAGAACACCAGUCAGAACCAGAAGAUGCUGCCAUCGCCUCGAUCGGUCGUCCGCUCCUUUGACGACAGCGCGCGUCCAUUCUUCGCAGCUCAAUCCACCGCCCUCAUGGGGUUCUUUCCGAUCGCGAUUAGCGACUUCAUAGUUAUGGAUGCGCGCGGCCGCAGUAUUGUAUAUGCUGAUAACUCGAACCGAAGUGCGAAUGCCGCCUGGCUGGAACCAUAUCGCAGGGGCCGUUAACAAUUGCGACGUGAGAAGGCCGAGAUUUAGAGGGUUUGUGAGCUCGGUGAGGAGAUGUGUUGUCGACCCGAUGAUCUGCUCGGUCUUUGCAGCAUCGUGGACGUCCGGGUAAUGCUGCAGAACUGUUCUGAGGAGUCUAUCGGAAGACAUAUCGACGCAUUCGGUCUGUAUGGCGAAUGGAAGGAAAUUGUCGAUAGAGAUUUGAUGGAGUAUCUAAGUUGACAAUUCCGAGGUCGCGGUUGCGGCUGCGCAUGCCGACUUCACGGGCUUUUGCCGAGGCCUGGAUGACGUUCCGGAGGCACUUUCAGCUCCAUCAGAACCUCCCUUGCACCCCUGUCCCCUGUCACUGCUAAUUCCAACACCCCAUAAUCAUAGUCAUAUCAAUCCUAUUCUCAACGACACCGCAAGAAUCGGCCAAGUUGAGAGCUGUUGCAGCCUCCAUGAUGGCAGGGUAUGUUCAGAUUGAGUUCCAUCCUUCUUGCAAGCAAAGCGCUAAUCAAUACAAACGAUAGAUGGCCCUGCCAAAUACUCCUCCACCAGACUAUCAAACGCCGCGCUUCCCGUCCCUGAACGUCCAGACUCUAUAUGACACCACUGCAGACAAACAAUUUACCCUCUACUAUGUCUUAGAUGUUUGGCGAUUUACUUUACUAUGGACGCUCAUUAUAUAUGCAUGCUUCCACAUGGGGGCAGUUCUGAUCGCCAUGUUUACCCACGGUUGGAAGAAGUCGUCUUGGAGAUAUCUAUGGGCAGUACCUGUCAUCUAUCUCGUUAUUGCUGGGCUUGAGGCUGUCAUGGCCGGGAGUAUUGUUGGCUUAGUGUUGGGAGCUGUUUACUCUGCUGGAUACUACGAGAUGAACACCUGGAUUCCUUGUACCUGGGGGUUCAUCAACGUAUUGGUACUCAUUAUUUCCUCUUUCUCAAUCCAAGGCGGACUUUGAGGAGGGACUACCAAUUACAUAAUACUCUAUCUUCGGCUGGAGACCAGCUUCGAUCCGUCGCAAACCACCGAUACCUUACUACGUCACGAAGGUGGCCAUUUUGCGCUUGAUUCUCUGCACAAGAAGGGCUACGUUCUAACUUUAGGGCAUAUGGAAAGGCCACCGAUUUCACACUACGUAUUUGUCUGAAGACCAGCCCAAAGUAAGCUGCUUUGACUUCGAAUUGCGUUCUGUCGAGUGCGCACUUUGAGCAUUGGAACUAUGACCAUAUACCAUGUACAGGAGCAUUAACCGGUGGAAAUCUUCGGAAGAAGUACAGCUUAGGGCAUCGGUGCAUAGCUUUGUUUACAAUAUACCCAUUGUUGUUUCUAGAAGCAGUUCCAUGCAAAUAGUGUAUAUCCAACCAUGAGCCUUUGAAACUUCAAGACUUAAUAAUUGCUACCAGCA